AAUUGACGCGUACGGUUAGCAAGUGGCAAGUAAAUACGCGCGCGCUCGAUUCCGUUUGUGCCGCAUGCGAAGUCGAAUUCAAAGCCUAAAAGCAGCAAAAGCGGAAGUACGACGGUGUAGAAGUAGUAGAAAUUACGCACGCAGGCCGUGAAUGUGUUUGUGAAGAUGCUUGAAGGAGUAUGAAAUAAGAAAAAAAUAUGCUUAACGAAUAUUAAUGUAAGAUAACCAAAAAAAGUGUUGCAUACUAUGUUGAGGAGGCCGAGUGAGGUGUUGAGUGCAUGGGGAGGAGAAAAACGCAGGUGGAAGAGCAUAUCGGUUACGUACUAAGUGGUAAAUGUAGUAAGACAUUAAAAAAUGCAAAAUUUAUGUGCAGAAUGUCGCGAAAAAAUAUGUGUGAAGCAAAAGACUAUGUAUGUAUGUACAUAGCCUACAUAUAGGCGCUCGCAUACAAUUUCGAUAUUUUUUAAUACACACUUGUAUAUUAGAAAAAAUAUAUACAAUAUAAAUACAGGAAAAAAGCAUUUUAAGUCUCAUUUGCUACGAAAAAAAUUCUAUACUACACACAUGAAAAAAUCGAUGCGGUGCCGCAAAGUAUGCAACUAAGUGAUGUACAAAUUGAAAUAACAACAAAAUAUGUUCCCGUAAUGAUUGAUGGUACUCGGCAGCCCAGCUUGCUGCUGCAUUGACCACUCUGUGCAUGCGAAUUAUUUUCAAGACUUUAAAAUAAUAACCAUGGCCACUCAACAGCGCCAUCAACAUCAACGACUGCUGCAGCGACUGAUAGUACAUUUUGAAGUAAAAUUAAUUUUUUAUAGAUAAAAUUUUGUGCAACGAAUAGUCGUAAAGAAAUCCAAAGCUCCCAAAAUUGAUCGGAAAUUUUAGAUCAAAAAAGACGCAAACAUUUUUCACACAAAGCACUCGCCAUCCUUUGGAGUAGCAAGCGCGUGUCAAAAUGUGCUCCACAACACAAUUUUGUUUACUCAAUCUACGCACAUAUUUAAUCUACUUGUGUUGCUAUCUACUUAUAAUGGUGGCCGCAGGUAGUCGUGUAGUUAACGGUUUAAAGUGUUAUUGCAAUCCCAAAGAGUGUGAUGUCAUACGUUCGCUGGAUUGCCCCGGGAAGGGAAUGAUGCUGUGGGAUCCCUGCAAAUGUUGUCGCAUUUGCGCAAAGACACUUGGCGAAACUUGUGGUGGUCCUGGCGGCUUCUCAGGUCAAUGUGAGCCACCGUUACAGUGUGUCACGAAAUUGCCCAUAACUAGUGGAUUGGGUGUUUGCAUGGAUCUACCCUCAACAUCAUUUUCCCUACAUGCCGCAUAUCACAGCCGAAAAUACAAUACGAAUUGUACAAACGAUGAGACAAUAGUGAUAGAGCCUGGUUGCGAAAUCACCAAUAAACGCUGCCAAUGCUGGCCAACAUUACGACUGUGCCGCUCAAAUGCCAUCGAUGAUACAGACGCAACAGCGACGAUAGACAUACGAUGGCAUUUCAAAACGUUAGAGGACUGCCAGUUAAAUUUACAAAAUCUAAUCAAAAUCGAAAUGGAAUUCGAUGAGGAUUACACAAUUUCGCCGAGCACAUUUACAUAUAAAAAGUUGAGAAGGAAGCGCAGAGCUUUAAGAAAACGUAGGUGA